CCUCUUUUCACCAACAAUUUCCUGGACUGGAUUUAACAUAAUAAACAAGCUCUGUUUAUUACAAGCGGUGCUGGAACCUUGAGUUCUGUAUACAAGCCUGAUACUGAUAAGAACUCGGCACUGCGGGAUAGCAGGAGCGGCUAAUUCACUUCGAGAUUCUGUACUUGAGUUGAUUGGACUGAUCUGAUUAAACUGAACCAUGGGAGAGAGAAAAGGAGUGAACAAGUACUACCCUCCAGAUUUUGAUCCAGUCAAGCAUCGCUCCAUCAAUGGAUACAGGAACAGUCACCCACUGCGGGAGAGAGCUCGAAAACUCUCACAGGGUAUUCUCAUUAUCAGGUUUGAGAUGCCCUACAAUAUCUGGUGUGAUGGCUGUAAGAAUCACAUAGGCAUGGGCGUUCGAUACAAUGCAGAGAAAAAGAAAGUAGGAAAUUACUACACCACACCUAUAUACAGGUUCAGGAUGAAGUGCCACCUAUGUGUAAAUUACAUUGAGAUGCAGACUGACCCUGCUACCUGUGACUACAUCAUUGUGAGUGGUGCCCAACGUAAAGAAGAGAGAUGGAACAUGGCCGAAAAUGAACAGAUACUCACCACAGAGCGCACUGAGAAGGAGAAGUUGGAGACGGAUGCGAUGUAUAAACUGGAUCAUGGUGGGAAGGAUAAGGAGAAACUCAGAGCAGCUAUUCCCACUCUGUCUGAACUGCAGGAACAGCAGGCAGGCUGGAAGGAUGACUUUCAGCUCAACAGCACUCUCCGAAAAAAGUUUAGGGAUGAAAAGAAAGUGAUGAUUGAAGAAGAAGAAAAGGAUAACGCUGUGAGAAAGAGGAUGAAUCUGUCCAUCCCUCUGUUACCAGAGAAAGAAGAAGAUAAAAAACUGGCUUCACUUCUCACCUUUCAGAGCCCAGAGUCGUACGAUGGCCAACAGGUGAUCAAAAGGCAGCAGAUCUCGUCUCGAUCCUGGUUCUCCUCUCCCUGUUCCUCUUCUACUCCGUCAGGGGGUGCUGUGGGAUCUCUCCUGCAGAAACUGGGACUGAAGGGCAGAGAUGCUGCUGCUGCCAAAGCACUCAACACAACACCAACCAGCACCAACUCUCUGGUACGCAGGAGGUCUGACGGCGGGCCCAGGGUACCCGACUGUGCUAGUUUGACUCUAUGUUCCAUGCCAAAAAACACCCCACAGCACAGUGAUUCAGAACCAUCCACCAAUCAUAAAUAUAACACGGCCACACUGAGCACAGAGCACAUGGAAACAGAGCGGGGUGCAGAGAUGCACUGUGGGAUGGGGGAUGCUGGAACUGACUCCUGCACUGCAAAGUCACUGGUAGCAGAUUACAGCGAUUCUGGUUCUGAUUCAGGACAGUGAGAAAUUCUAGAAACUUUAGAAAAAUGAAAAACUCGGAUGAAAAUUGUUUACAGGUCUUAUAUUCUAAAAAUGAUACUGUCCUACACAGGACAUGAGUCUGUUUGGGCAUGUGUGGCUUGUGGGUACAGUUUGGGUGCACCCUGGUACCCGAGUUUAGUACAAGAACCAGACGGAGCAAUAGUGGCUACAUCUGAACACUGAACACUGCACGACCCAAACGGCUCUAUCAGUUCUGCAAAUGUUAGUAGACCACAGCUACAGUAGCAAAGAUGUUUAACAACCUAUCUGAAAAAAAGGACUGAACAUUUUGUUUUUUCCAUUUCUGUACCAAUGUAGUUAUGUCCAAUUACUUUUUGUGAUUCAUCCGCCGUUUGCACCACCCCCACGCUUAAUGUAAAAUUAUGUGCGGGUGUUGUGCAGACAGUGGAUGGACUUUAAGGUUAAAAAAGUAGAAAAUUGAAGAUGAAUAGAUAAAAGGGGAAAAUACUGUAAAAUGUCUAUCUCACUCCACAUAUAUUGUGUUUCAGAAAAACCUGUGUCGCUUCUGCAUGUGAUACUACAGGCGUAAGUUAGGAUCACUGUUUCACUGUAAAUCUGGAGACUCUGAGAUCAUAGAAUGUGAAUCUGCUGGGACAUGUGAUGUGUUUACAGAACACUGAUCGACCUUUGUACCAUCAGCACACAGUAAAUACAACCUCCAUUAAACACACACAGAAAUUCAGUGGGGGAAAAAGGUGAACCCUUUACAAUAAGCUAAAUUUAAUAAUAAUCUCUUGCUGUGGCUCAGGUGUGCUUAAACCUGCCUCAUAGGUAAAUCCUUGAGGAAUACAGUAGCAUACUUUUAUCAAAGACAUUUCAGUACUGUACACUAUUUACUAUCCCAUUAGACCUGACAUGACUGCCAUUCCAUCCUGCUAAAUAGCAUGGUAAUGCUACCAGCAUCAUAUUUUACACUGAGUACUAAUAUUUGGCUAAUGCUGUAAUGUUUAUUAUUCUAUCAGAGCACACAACUCUCUGAUUGUUUUUUGUUAUGCUUUGCUAAUUUUUUCUAUGUAUAUCAACAUCUUGGAUAUGGAUAGACAAUAAACAUCUCAUUUUGUUAGACACUGACUUUUCUAAUUCAGUCAGAGGUAGCCAGUUGUAAACAGUUCUCUUUUUUCUUCUUGGUUUUACCUGACUGAGUGGCUGUAGCUUUACAGAUGAUUCACUUUUUUGUGGACCGAAUAAAGCUGUGGUUCUUCAAAUCUGUAUAAUACUCCAUCAGCUGUAGUGAUGGACCUCACAAGCAGAUAAGCUUUUUUAUUCUUAAGAAAGAAUUAAAAUUGCAUCUAAUCCGUAGUGUUCUUACACAGCUGUUAGAUGUGGUAAUGUGUUGCAAAACAUUAAAGCUCAUAAUAAGGGGUUGGUCUUAUUUUUCAAUGCCAGUUGAUUCCAUUUAACAUGUUUGUAAAUUGUUAGACUGGUGCAUUAAAAUAUGUUAAUUUGAGGGUGGAA